AUGGAAAAAAUAAACAAUGUGACUGAGUUCAUUUUCUGGGGUCUUUCUCAGAACAAAGAGGUUGAAGAAAUAUGUUUCGUGGUGUUUUCUUUGUUCUAUACAGUCAUCCUUCUGGGAAACCUCCUUAUCAUGCUGACAGUCUGUGUGGGAAACCUUUUCAAGUCCCCUAUGUAUUUUUUUCUCAACUACUUAUCUUUUGUGGACAUUUGUUACUCUUCUGUCACAGCACCUAAGAUGAUUGCAGACCUAUUAGCCAAAAAAAAAAGGAUCUCAUAUGCAGGGUGCAUGUUUCAACUCUUUGGGGUACAUUUCUUUGGUUGCACAGAGAUUUUCAUCCUUACUGUGAUGGCCUAUGACCGCUAUGUGGCCAUCUGCAAGCCCCUCCACUACAUGACCAUCAUGGACCGGGACAGAUGCAAUAUGAUGCUGCUGGGGACCUGGGUGGGUGGCUUCAUCCACUCCAUUAUCCAAGUGGCUCUGGUUGUCCAGCUACCCUUCUGUGGGCCCAAUGAAAUUGAUCACUACUUCUGUGAUGUGCACCCUGUUCUGAAACUUGCUUGCACAGACACAUAUGUCGUUGGUGCUGUUGUGACAGCCAACAGUGGCACUAUCGCCCUGGGCAGCUUUGUGAUCCUGCUCUUCUCCUAUACUGUCAUCCUUGUGUCCCUGAGAAAGCAGUCAGCAGAAGGCAGGCGCAAAGCUCUUUCCACUUGUGGCUCCCACAUUGCUGUGGUCAUCAUCUUCUUUGGUCCCUGUACAUUCAUGUAUAUGAGACCUGAUACCACCUUUUCAGAGGACAAGAUGGUGGCUGUAUUCUACACCAUUAUCACACCCAUGUUAAAUCCUCUGAUUUACACGCUGAGAAAUGCAGAAGUAAAGAAUGCAAUGAAGAAACUCUGGACCAGGAAGGUUUUAUGGGAAGCUAAUAGUAAAUAG